GUUUCAUUUUUGGACAUGCAGUACCUUACAUGUCCUUUAGAGGCCAGUAUCCAGCCAUUUAUUCGGAUCCGCUUCUAUAUAUCUGUGGAAGAGGAAACGGAGCAAAACAACAUGGCAGCGCCCGCGGAGCACGUUGACUCCGCUUCUGAACAGACAGAACCCCCUGAAAGCGUCCCAACAGGAGCUAAAGAAACCAAUAAAACAUCUGGGACAUCAGAGUUCGAGUCGGAAGAACUAGAACAAGAUGAAGAGGAGGAGGAGGAAGAACCUCCCGGUCCAAAGAUCCGGGAAACUCCUCAGGACAUCCAGUUGGAGGCGAUCGCCAACACUGUGGCGCUUCACCCCAGCAGGGACGUCCUGGUCUGCGGGGACGUGGACGGCGACGUGUACGCGUUCUCCUACUCGUGCACGGAGGGAGAGAACCGGGAGCUGUGGUCCUCCGGACACCACCUGAAGUCCUGCCGCCAGGUGCGCAUCUCAGCGGACGGCCUGAAGCUGUACAGCGUCUCCCGGGACAAGGCCGUCCACAUGCUGGACAUGGAGCGAGGGCAGCUGGUGACACGGAUCCGAGGGGCCCACGGGGCCCCCAUCAACAGCCUGCUCCUGGUGGAUGAAAACAUCCUGGCAACUGGAGAUGAUGGAGGCACACUGAAGGUGUGGGAUAUGAGGAAGGGGACGGCCAUCAUGGAUAUGAAAAACCAUGAGGAUUACAUCAGUGACAUCACCGUAGACCAGAACAAGAGGAUUCUGCUCACAGCCAGUGGGGACGGCACCAUGGGCGUCUUCCACCUCAAGCGUCGGCGCUUUGAGCUGCUGUCUGAGUGCCAGAGCGGCGACCUGACCUCCGUGGCGGUGAUGAAGCGGGGUAAGAAGGUGGUCUGUGGCUCCAGCGAGGGGACGGUUUACAUCUUCAACUGGAACGGCUUCGGGGCCACCAGCGACCGCUUCGCCCUCAAGGCGGAGUCCGUGGACUGCAUCGCGCCAAUAACCGAAAACAUCAUGUGCACGGCGUCCAUGGACGGAUACAUCCGAGCCAUCAACCUCCUUCCCAACCGGGUCAUCGGGUGCAUCGGGCAGCACGUCGGCGAACCUGUCGAAGAGAUCGCCAAAUCCUGGGAUUCCCGCUUCCUGGUCAGCUGUGCCCACGACCAGCUCAUCAAGUUUUGGGACAUUUCCGGAUUGCCCAAACUGACCGUUAAUGAUUACCGCAAGAGGAAGAAGAAAGACGGGCGCAUGAGGUCGCUCAGCAAGAAGGCCCUCGGCGACAACGACUUCUUCUCUGGACUUGUAGAGGAAACUGAGAAAAAAGAAGAGGAAGAAGUGGAGGAAGACGAUGAUGAUGAUGACAGCGACAGCGGGAGUGACUGAUACGGUUGAUGUUCUGUCAUUUUAAGACUGAUUUCAAACCAAAAUACCGGAAUUGUGGAUGAACUCUAAAUCUCUCAACAGAGUCAGUUUUUUUCCUGUUUGAAUCGACAAUUCCUUUCCGACAUUUAUACCGUUUACUGGAACAGCUUUCCAUGGUUUUACAGCAACAGACAUCAUAGCAUUUUUCAAGGAUUUAAAAUGUUUGACAAAUAAAAGACAGUCUAUAAAAAUAAAA